CUUUGUUGUCAUAAAUUCACGUGGGUUAUUUUAAUAUUACUACCGGUUUUAUUUAAUUUAUUUUUCAUAAAUAAAUAAUUUAUAUUUUGUUUUAAAUUAGUUUUAAAAAUAGAAUCAGAAUUUAAAAAGAAGUGAGAGCUGCUGUAAAAAAUAUAAAUGAUAAAAAGAUUGUCAAUAAUAAAAAAAAUAUGAAUAAAAGACAAAGAGAAAUGGAAGAUUAUGAUGAUGAUCGUAAUAAAGUUAGCAAGCAACGUAAAAUAAUAAAUAGCGAUACACAAGACAGUUGUUUUCUUGAUUUAACCGAUGACAAUUCAAAUGAUAAUGAUGAAGAGAAGUACAGUAAAUUUACUGCAUUGUUAGAUGACUCCAGUUCUGAUGAUGAUGGUACUAAUGUUGGAAAUAAAUCUGACAACCAACAUCCAGUGACUAGUAAAAAUUCUGUAGCAAAUGAAACUAAAGAUAAAAAUGAAUUUAAUAAAUUCACUGCUUUGUUGGAUGAUUCAAGUUCUGAUGACAAUAAUGAUGUAGAGAGCAAAUCAAAUAAUCAAAACUCAGUGUCAUCUAGUACAACAAUGUCUCCAGCAGAAAAUAAAACCAAAGAUGAGUACACCAAAUUUACUGCUCUGUUAGAUGAGUCCAGUUCUGAUGAUGAUAAUGAUGAUAAAAAUGUAGGAGAUAAAUCUAGUAAAAAAGAUCAUCAUAUAGAUGUUGGUGACAGUGCGCUGGUGAAUGAAUUACUGUCCCAGUUUUCAGACGAUGAUGAUGAUGACUCGUCUUUUAUUGAUUCUGGACGUGGCGCCAGUCUUGCACUGACAGAUCAGACAAUUUCUAGUCUGAGUGUCCCAUCAAAUUCAUUUAAUGAUAAAAAAAAUAAUUUAAUCAGCCAGGAUUCUGAACUGAUUAUUGAAGACGGUCUUGGUGAUUUCUUUGGCGACUGGGAUGAUGACGAUAAAAAUUCAGCGUUGGAUCUCACACAGUUCAGACGUUGUGAAGUUAUUGAAGUUAAACGUCAAAUGCGAUGCACGCGAGUCUUAGUUGAAGACUUGGAGUCUGGUAAACGUGCUGAAGUUCUGUGUUCCGAAAAUUGGCUAAAUACACAAUUUGUAAUCGGCGAGCCGGUGAUGGUGAAAGCUGUUAAAUAUUUUGACGAAUGGGUUGUCAAUAACGAGAGUGGAAUGUUUGUUACCCAAGCAGAUACUCUUGUAUCCGGAACAUCAGUAGUCCAAGGAAUAUUUUGCGAGCGUCAAGGAAUUUUAGCUCAAAAAUUUAAUGGUAUUAAUUGUCUACCAAACAUUCCAGCAAAUGAUGCGUCAAUGUCUUGCGGUACUAUUGUACACGAGUUACUACAGACUGCACUCAAGCGCGAGAUUUAUGAUCUACCAGGAAUACGGGCUUUGCUGAACAAUAUUUUAAAGCAACCGCACAUUGUUCAGUUGAUCUACGGUUCUGAAUUGACGACAAAGGAAAUAAAAGAACUCCUAGAUGAGUAUGUGUACAUGAUAAAUCAAUUUAUGGAUCGUUACGUUAUUGGCAACACACCCGAUCACCGUGACAAUGACUUUCCUGGUACGAUUUCUUGUGUAAAAGACGUCGAGGAAAAUGUUUGGUUGCCUUCGUUGGGUGUUAAAGGUAAAAUAGACGUCACUGCUGAGGUAAGUAUCGAUAAAACACGUAAAAUUAUGCCGCUGGAGAUAAAAACAGGCCGCGCAUCUUAUUCUGCUGAACAUAAAGGACAAUUAUAUUUGUAUACGAUGAUGUUGAAGUCAUUGGGCCAUGACGUUAAUUCAGGACUACUGCUCUACAUCAAGGAGAAUAGAAUGCAAGAAAUAGCGAGCACACGUCACGAACAACGUGAUUUAAUUUUAUUGAGAAACAGUAUCGCUUAUUAUUUAUCACGACAGCCGGUCGUCACAGAAACUGAAAAUGAAAACCAAGAGAUUAUCAAAAAUUGGCUGUUACCUGAAUUACCAGAGCCUAUAAAUUUUGUUACGGCUUGUAAAAAGUGUACUUAUAAUACAGCCUGUUGUUUAUUUGCUAAACACGAUCCUAAUUCUGAGCUUUCAGAGUCACACCCACAUGUGAAACUCACUUCAACUCUGCUUCAGCACUUGACUGACGAUCACAUGCGAUAUAUAAUGGCCUGGGUAUCAAUGCUACAGAUGGAGGAGUCGUAUAAUCGUAGUGCUGCGGGUAAUCGUUCAAUAUGGUCACAGACUCCCACUGAAAGAGAGACACAACGCAUGUGUAUGAGUUAUUUAACGGUUGUGAAACCGGUUGUCAAAGAAGAUGAGGAUGCUUUUAUUCUUACAUUCGUACGCGGGGAAUUAAAAGACGACAGUAUUAAAUUACCAGUUAAAAAUUUCAACGAAGUAUUUGACAAAGAUGGAUAUGUCAUGGUAAAUACUUGUAUGAGAAUAAAUAUUAUUACUGGUUACGUAGUUGAUGUCAGUAAAGAUUCAGUAUCAGUUUCUGUGGAGAAAGACAUCACUAAAUGGAGUACUGCUAAAUUUUAUCACCUUGAUGUCGUUGCUUCGGCUAUGACUCCGUACAGAGUACUUGGAACUCUUGCGACCCUUCUUGCUGACAAUGACAUCACAAGAAAAUUACGAAGAAUUAUUAUUGAUAAACAACCGGCAUCAUUUGGUGAUGAAUCGCCUACAAGACUGGCUUACGGAGAGCCGGCUAGAAUACUUAAUACCCUUAAUAAGUAUCAGCAGGAAGCUUUAAAAGCUGCUAUCUGUACCAAUGAUUAUGCUUUAAUAAAAGGAAUGCCGGGUACUGGAAAAACCCAGACACUUGUUGCGUUAAUUCAAAUUUUAGUUCAUUUAGGAAACUCAGUAUUGAUAACAGCCCAUACUCAUGUGGCGGUUGAUAAUAUUUUGAUAAAAUUACAUGAGAAAAAUGUUGAUUUUUUACGUUUAGGUUCGAAGAACAGAGUCCAUCCGAGUUUACAUCAUAAGAUUGACGAAGUAUUUCUCAGACAGUGUGAUACGGUAGAAAAAUUGGAUGCAGCAUUUCGUAAAAAGCGUAUUGUUGCAGUUACAUGUCUAGGUGCAAAUCACACACUUUUAUCACGACGUAUUUUCGAUUAUUGUUUAGUGGACGAGUGUACGCAAGCAUUGCAACCAGUAUUACUCCGUCCACUAUACAAUGCCACUAAAUUUGUACUAGUCGGCGAUCCAGAACAGCUACCGGCUGUAAUUAGAUUCAAUGAAGCUAGGACAAUGAUGUCAAAACUAGGUAUGAAUGAAAACAUGUUUAGUAGACUGGAUAGUGUUCAUAAUACACGUAUUUUGAAGCAACAAUAUCGAAUGAACAAACCAAUUAUGGAUCUUGCUAAUAAAUUGACUUACAAUGGAGAACUUUUGGCGGGAAAUCAGAAAAUAGCCAAUGCUACGUUAGAGUUCGUUAAUAAAAAAGUCGUGGAAUCCAGCGAAGGUUGGGUAAGAAAAUGUCUAUCUUGUGAUUUGAAAGAUGCCGUGAUUAUGCUGGAUACCGAAGAUACUUACAAUCUACGUGUUGAAAUAAAAUCAUCGCAUGUACUUGAUAAUGAAGUAUCUCGUUGCGUUAAUUACUGUGAAGCUGCCGUUAUUGUAAAACUAUUAAAUGUAUUGAGAGAAGCGGGUAUUGAAUCAUCAGAAAUAGGUGUGAUUGCGCCAUUCACUGCUCAAGUUUCUCUUCUUAAACGUUUAAUUGAAAAUAAAAUAGAAAUAAAUACCGUGGAUCAGUAUCAGGGGCGUGAUAAGCGUGUCAUUAUACUCUCGUGUACGAGAAGUGAUAGACGUGAGUCGAAAAAACAAGUAACAGAUUAUGAAAUUUUAAAUGAUCAUACCAGAAUAAAUGUUGCGCUUACUCGUGCUAAGCACAAGCUUAUUAUUAUUGGCGAUAGACAGAGUCUCGUGAGAUUUACACCUUUUAAAAAAUUAUUUGAUAUACUUAAUGACGAAGUGAUGGUUUUAAAACCCGGUUGCGAUGAUUUCGCUUGGGAUAAGUUGAGUAAGUUGGUUACUAAACCGUAAACUGCUUGAGAGUAAACGUACGAUAUUUAUACAUAAAAUUCAAAAAUUACUUUUUCUUUCUUUAUUUAUCAGCAAUAAAAUUUUUUUUAAAACUUUUUA